AUGAAAAACCAGUCAGUAGAGAUUUUGUUCAUUUUACUUGGAUUGACAGAUGAUCCUCAGCUUCAAAUUCUGAUCUUCCUGUUUAUGUUUUUCAAUUACAUCUUUAGCCUAAUGGGGAACUUAAUAAUUAUCUUCCUCACCCUGCUGGAUCUUCGCCUCAAGACUCCAAUGUACUUCUUUCUCCGGAAUUUCUCCCUCUUGGAAAUUGCAUUCACAACUGCCCGUAUUCCACGAUUCUUGAUGAGCAUUAUCACUGGAGACAAAACAAUUACCUACAAUGCUUGUGUAGCUCAAUUAUUCUUCUUCGUUCUACUACUUAUUACAGAGUUCUACCUCCUGGCUGCCAUGUCCUAUGAUCGCUAUGUAGCGAUCUGCAGACCAUUACACUACCCCAUCAUCAUGAACAGUAAAGUGUGCCACCUACUAGUUAUCAGUUCCUGGGUUACUGGGUUUUUAUCCAUCUUUCCUCCUUUAAUGUUGGGACUCAAACUAGAAUUCUGUGCUUCGAAAACUGUAGAUCACUUUCUGUGUGACACUUCUCCUGUCCUGCAGUUGUCUUGCACAGACACACGUUUCAUAGAAUGGAUUGCUUUUGUUGUAGCUGUACUGACACUUAUCAUCACCUUGAUCUUAGUGAUUCUCUCCUACACACUCAUCCUCAAAACUAUUCUAAAGUUUCCUUCAGCUCAACAACGGAGAAAGGCCUUUUCCACCUGCUCCUCACAUAUGGUUGUUGUCUCCAUUACUUAUGGGAGCUGCAUUUUUAUGUACAUAAAAACAUCAGCCAAAGAGAGGGUGACUUUAAAUAAAGGUGUAGCUGUUCUCAAUACCUCUGUGGCCCCAUUGCUAAACCCUUUCAUUUACACCCUAAGGAACCAGCAGGUGAAGGAUGCUUUCAAGCAGGUGAUUAACAGAUUGUGUUAUUCUCAAACUGUGAGUUAA